AACAGGAGAGGGAUCCCCCAUACUGGUUAUAUAUAUUAAAAAGAAAAAAAUACAGUUUACAGUUAUUACAGUAGCAGCUUAGGAAACAAAGAAUGAAAGGAAAAAAUCUGAAUGAUCACAAUUCACACAAAUGCUUCUAGCCAUUCUAUCAUAUCAGUCCAAAUUUGCUUGGACAAUUGAAGCAGCAGCGUCAGAUAUAUUUGCCUACCAGACCAGAGGCAGGCACCAUUCAUUCAGUGCUUCAAGCACGGGCCGAGCCAUGGAAGGCUCCACCGCCGGGCAUGUCCAGAUCGUGUCCACGCGUGUCGUCCGGCCAGAUGCGGCGACCUCGCCAGACGGCGUGCCGUCGGAGCCGGAGACCAUACACCUGACGCCGUGGGAUCUCCGCUUGAUGACGGUGGACUACAUCCAGAAGGGAGUCCUCCUUCCCAAGCCCCAGACAGGAGCGGAAGCAGCGCAGCUCGUGGACGGCCUCGCUUCGUCGUUCGAGCGCGCCCUCGGCCGCUUCUACCCGCUGGCCGGCCGUCUCGCCGUCGCCGACGAGGCCACCGACGGCGAGCCCGCUCCGGGCAUCGUCGUCUCGCUGUGCUGCAACGGCGAGGGCGCCGAGUUCGUCCACGCGGUGGCGCCUGAGGUCACCGUCAGCGACAUCACGACACCGGUGUACAUCCCGCCGGUGGUGUGGGCGCUCUUCCCGCUGAGCGGGGUGCUUGGCGCCGAAGUGUCCCGCCCGGUUCUGGCGGCGCAGGUUACGGAGCUCGCCGACGGCGUCUUCGUCGCCAUGUCGCUGAACCAUGGCGUCGCCGACGGGACCACGUUCUGGCACUUGUUCAACACCUGGUCGGAGAUGAGCCGGAGCGGCGGCGACGCCGGCUGCGAGCUUUCCACGCCACCGCCGGUACUCGACAGGUGGUUCCCGGACAGGUGCCCCGUGCCCAUCCGUCUACCCUUCGGCAAGCUGGAGGACAUCAUCCGGCGGCCCGUGUACCUGCCGGUGCGGGAGCGCUUCUUCGUUUUCUCGUCGGAGAGCGUGAAGGCGCUGAAGGCGAAGGCGAACGCCGAGAUGGCCGGCACGGCGACGGCCACCAUCUCGUCGCUGCAGUCCCUUCUCGCGCACGUGUGGCGAGCGGCGUGCCGGGCCAGGGAGCUCGUGCCGGAGCGGGAGACGACGUACUCCCUCCUCGUCGGUUGCCGGGGGCGCGUGCGCGGUGUACCGCAGGGCUACAUGGGCAACGCCGUGACGCUCGCCGUCGCCAAGUCCACGGCCGGCGACGUCGCGGGCAGGGGGCUGGGCUGGGCGGCCUGGCUCCUUAACCGCGCCGUGGCGUCGUUCGACGAGGGGACGGUGAGGGGUGAGCUCGAGCGGUGGCCCCAGGACCCCAGGUUGGUGUACAUGGAGCUGCCCAGGGAGGACGGCGCCGCGGGCGUCGUGACGGGGAGCUCGCCGCGGUUCGACGUGUACGGUAACGACUUCGGGUGGGGCCGGCCGGUGGCCGUCCGCAGCGGCGCCGGGAACAAGAUGGACGGGAAGGUGACGGUGUUCGAGGGGCGCGGCGGCGCGGGAAGCUUGGCGCUGGAGGUGUGCCUGUCGGCCAGGGCGCUGGCCAGGCUCGUCGCCGACGAGGAGUUCAUGGAGGCCGUGAGUGCCGGCGCCGCCGCGUGAUGGCCGCGGUUGCCGGCUGCGCGGAGCGCCACGUGUACCGCCGUGUGGAUGCAGUGUUGAAAAAAAAAAUCUUUUGCUGCCGGAGGAUGGGUGAUCCGAUGGACGCAUAGCGAGUGGUGAGCAAGGCAGAAGCUCCCUCUGUGUGGUAUGUAUAGGAUUCGGAUUAGAUAGCUCCUAUCUUGCAACAGCAGCUAGUAGUGUGAUAGUGUCACGGAGCUUGAUAAUUAGAUGUUUCCUUUUUUCCUGCAAGCUAAGAGAGAGACAUGGACAUCCACGACGACGUCGUGGCACUGCUCGUGUCGUGAUGAUGUGGCAUGGAUUCAGUUCUUGUCCUGUCCAGGAGUAGCCAAAGGGAGAAUUUGCAUUUGUUCGCCACGCA